AUGACACUGGUCUCCAAGGUUCUGCCACGACUUGUUCGCCACCGUUCACUACCCCCCUCAUGCAUCACACUUCAACGACGCUACAUUGAAACAACCAUUCCAGAACAUGGUACCCAGCAAGCGAGUCGACUUGAAUACCCUCGAUUUGCCCUUGAUCCCUCUCGCCAUGGUACUUGGGCUACCGUCAAAGACAUUGAACUUCGUGCAUCGACCUUGAAUCAAGGAGAGAAAGCAAACGAUACUGUCACAUUGACGGGUCGCAUUCAAGCCAAGCGUGAAUCGAGUGCCAAACUUAUCUUUUACGACGUCGUACAAAAUGGCGAGACUAUCCAAGUGGUCGUUUCCAAGGGGAAGUUUGUUGCUACCCAUCAAUCAUUUGCAGAUGCCAACCAAGCUCUUUGCCGAGGUGAUAUUGCAUCAUUCACCGGUGUUCCUGGCAAAACCAACAAAGGCCAAUCGAGUCUCUUUGUGACGAAUGAAAUGCGUGUCCUUUCACCCUGCCUUCAUUCCAUCCCAACAAGAACUGGACUUAAGGAUCCCGAGAAACGGUUCCGACAACGACAUUUGGACAUGUUGGUCAAUACAGAGACAACUCAAGUACUACGUGUGCGUGCAGAGAUCAUCCGUUACAUUCGACACUUUCUUGAUGAACGUGGUUUCCUUGAAGUUGAGACACCCAUCUUGUCCGGCAAAGCAGGAGGCGCUAACGCCAGGCCAUUUCUCACUCAAGCGAAUGCGUUGGAUAUGGAUAUGCAAUUGCGUAUUGCUCCAGAGUUGUAUUUAAAGCAAAUGGUGAUUGGUGGCAUGGAUCGUGUGUAUGAAAUUGGCAAGCAAUUCCGAAAUGAGGGCAUCGACGCUGAUCACAACCCGGAAUUUACAACCUGUGAAUUCUAUCAAGCUUAUGGCAACUUGGAAUCAUUAAUGAAGGAUACAGAAACACUUUUAUCGGGUCUUGCGCAGGAUAUCCACCACAGACAUGGCAUGGGCCCUCAAAAUAUUCGAUUCGAUCAGCCAUUCAAACGCAUUCAUGUUCUUGAUCAUCUUGAAGCAGUGUUGAAGCAACCUAUUGCAGAGAUAUUGGAAGCCGAUGAUGCAUCCAACCACCUUGCAACCAUUUGUCGUGAUCAUGGCAUUUCCAUAUCUGGGCCACCAACAACAGCACGUAUCCUUGACAAGCUGAUAUCACAUUACAUUGAGCCCGAGUGCGAUCAACCAACAUUCUUGUACAACCAUCCUCUGGCCCUGAGCCCAUUAGCUAAAGAUGGUGUGGAUGAAAAGGGUCGACGUAUAGCUGCACGGUUUGAACUUUUUGUGGGUGGCAAAGAAUUGGUGAAUGCCUAUGAAGAAUUGAACGACCCAAGGGAACAGCGUCGACGCUUUCAACAACAAGUACUCGAUCGAGAACAAGGUGAUCUAGAAGCACCCAUUCCAGAUACCGCAUUUUGUGAAGCUUUGGAAUAUGGACUCCCUCCAACAGCAGGAUGGGGCAUGGGAAUCGAUCGUGUUGUGCAAUUGCUGACCGGUGCUACACAUAUCCGAGAAGUACUAGCAUUCCCCGUUAUGCGACCUAUUUAA